GACGAGCGUAGAGGAGGCGAGCAGUGGCGGGUCAGUGUCGCGUGGGUCCGGAUGGAGAGAGGAGCUACCACGCGCCCUCCCCGCAGCCUCGACGUGUGCCUCUCCCCGCCCUACGCACGCCGCCACGCCACUCUCGGGCGCGGCCACACGCCUCGAACCCCUGCGAGCAGAGUGUCGUGCUGUACACCCAGAAGAAAAAGCACAAAAGGAAUCAACGAUGUGAGAUAGUUAAGGUGGAAUUCAAUUUACCAUGUCGGGCAAGAGACGCGAGUGAGUGUGCGAGUGCAGGUGGAGCAACGGAGGAGGAGGUGCAGGUGGAGGAGAAGGUAAAUGCCCCGACAGGUAGCAGCCAGUCGCCGCCCCAGCAUGGAGGAGGACGCGGCCGCCCUCCGCCUCCACUGCCGGGGCCUCUGACGACGCCGCCACCGAGUACCCACAUGGGUCACGACGAGGAGGACACGGCGGUAGCCAUGAGCGAGGAGGGCGGGACCCAGGUGGUGGUGGUGUGCGAGGACAAGGCCACCAGCACGGACGAUGAGCUGCUCGUCUCGCCCGCCCCCGUCGACCGUUCCUACGAUGGCCUCGGCCCCGACAACUGUUUCCGCUACAUGGCUCACGCGGCGCAGGUGUGGGGUGCCGACCUGGUGGGCAUGGAGCGCCUACAGCGGCCGUGGGGGGCCGCUACCUGCGCCACCAGGAGUCCCCUUAGCAGCAACAGCGACGUGUCCCGUCCGCCUCGGCAGGUGAAGCUACGCCGACAAAGGACGUCCGAGUCGUGUGACAACGAGUGCCUGCGGCGCCCCAAAGCGCGGGAGCUGCGGCGCCAGUGGACCACCGACUCCUCGGACUCCGGCUACGGCUAUUCCAAGCGGUGCUCCCGAGAACCCCUGCGACGACAGGACACGGAAGAGUCUGCGGAUUCCACCCGACGACUCAUUCGUGACCUGCAGCGACAAGCCACCACCGAAUCGUCGUCCUCGCUGAGGCUCACGCGCCAAUCAUCCAUACGCAGCGCCUCGGACAACCAGAGCCUCUUCCUCAUGCGCCAGUCAACAGUGGACACCUACGAUGACAUGUCCACCACAGACUUCUCGCGGCCUCAGUCGUGCACCGCCAGUGCGGUCGGUGCCCUGGGUGGAUUUCUCCCCCGCACUCCUUCACCUCCGACGCCGCCCAUCACCCACUCCGAAGUUCCCGGCCAGACCGUCCUUUCGGAGUACUCGGCUUGCUACAAUCCCCAGAAGGUGACCUGUAGCUACAGCUACAACAGCACCAACGCCAUCUCGGCCACACUGGGGGCGCCGCUGCUCGCUACCACCUCCUGCUCGCUCAUCAACCUCAGUGCCGUGGACCUGGAGGCUGCAGACAUCAAGAAGCUGCACCACAACCUCCGCUCCUACCGGGCCCGAACCUCAAAAACCGAAACCAGCCAAGAGGAAGAAGUCUCGUCUGAGCAGGGAGAACAGCGCGUUGCAGAUGGCGCCGGGGCGCGUGUGCGGCGGCGCAGGGACGACGAUGAGAUGCCUCGCAAGGUGCGGUGGUCCAUCAUGGCUACGGGACUCAUCCUGCUGCUCAUGUCAGUCAUCCUGGUGGGGGCCACGCUGAAAAUGGCGCCGCUCAUCGACGAAAUGGGUAACGCUACUGUUCAGAGUUAA